AUGCAGAUUCAGUAUCAUCCAGUUAAAGCAAACUCAGUGGCUGAUGCGUUGAGCAUGAAGUUAGUUGGGAAUUCAGCUUAUUUGUCAAUGAUUUCUGUGAAGCCGACUAUCAUUGAGGAAGUGAAGACCAGGCAGAUGGAAGACAGGUUCUUUAGGAAGGUGAUUGAUGAGAUUGUCACUAAGCCAAGUUCUAAUCAACUAUCAGGAGAAGUUCCUAAUUCUAUAGGAAACCUGUCACUAUUGAAUGAACUUCACUUGGAUAAUAAUAGAUUACAGGGAAUCAUACCAUCAAACAUUGGAAAUUGCCAGAGUUUAAUAUUAUUAAACCUAUCUCAGAAUAACUUUAGUGGUACCAUACCAAAACAACUUUUCAGUAUUUCCUCUCUCUCAAUUUCACUAAAUCUAGGUCAGAAUAGUUUGUUCGGAUCCCUCCCUUCAGAGGUUGGCAACCUAAAGAAUUUGGCUGAACUGGAUAUCUCUGAGAAUAAAUUGUCUGGUGAAGUUCCAGGUACCCUUGGGAGCUGCACUAGUCUUCAAAACCAAUCCUUGGAGGGUAACUUCAUUCAAGGGUCUAUUCCUUCAUCAUUGAGCUCCUUAAGAGGUAUUCAAUACUUCGAUCUUUCUCAUGACAACUUGUCAGGACAGAUUCCCAAAUUCUUGGAGCAAAUCCCCCUCAUGUACUUAAAUUUAUCAUCUAAUAAUUUUGAGGGUGAGGUUCCAAGCAUAGGAAUUUUCUCAAAUGCAAGUGCAAUAUCAGUUUCUGGGAAUAAUAGACUCUGUGGGGAGGAAAAGGAAAAUCAGUCCUAUGGAUCAUUGGCGAGGGAAUCAUUCAUGAAAGUUUCUUACAAAAAACUCCUUAAAGCAACUGACGGGUUUUCUUCAGAAAAUUUGAUUGGUGGGGGUGGUUUUGGUUCUGUGUACAAGGGAAUCCUUGAUCAAGAUGGAUCAGUUGUCGCUGUCAAAGUAUUUAACCAUACAUUCUCGAGGAGCCUCAAAGAGUUUCUUGGCAGAGUGUGA